AUGAAGAGAAUAAGAAUAACACGAUCACCCCUCGAAAAUAAUAAGAUUCGAAAACAAGUGCAUUUAAGCCAUUUCAUCGAGAUUCUGCCCCAUGAAAUUAUCAUACAGAUUUUGGGCCUUCUUACCAGGAUGGAUCUCAUAGCAUUGUCUCAGGCAUCGCGUGCGCUGCGGCGAGUUUUCAUGCCUUAUCUGCUUGCACAUGUCAAGAUCUCAUGGAAGGAUUUAGUGGCAAACUGGGCCCAAUACCGGACGCUGGUACCGAUAGACUCUACACAUCUGAUAGAAUCGGUACGGUUGAUUAAUUGCUGUUCCAAAAAUGAGUGGACUUUCCCAUUUGCGGAUCUGUUUUCAUCCGUAAAGCUGCCGAAUUUGAAAAGCCUUGAAUUUCCUACAUCAGGCUCCACCAGCUACCUCAAAUAUUCAAGUAUGGGUUCGCACCUUGUGACGUUGAAAGUCUGUUCGAAGAAGCCGGGUUCGGUCUUCAGCCUUGAACAUGUCAAACCAUUUGAUAGCUUGAAACAGCUGACCUUGCAAGAUUACGAGAUUCAAGCAUUUGAAGAAAAUACUGAAUGGUGCCCCUAUCUGAGUGUAUUAGAGCUUAUAGAUUGCAGUUGGUGCUAUCCGUUCCAGCUGGAAAAUUUUGGUCACAAGAAAAUUACGAAACUGAAACUAGAUUACUCCAGUGCUUUCAUAAUCAGUGAGAGGUUCAAAAUGUUCUUGAAUAAUCCAAAUUUUGAUAACCUAAAUCAUCUUGAGAUUACUAACAGUGCGAGUAAUUUGAAGCUCACUUUAUCAGUUCACAUUAUGAGGCUCAUAGAGUCUAUCCCAGCACUCAAAACUCUGAAGCUCGAAGGCAAUGUUUAUAACGAGACGCUCCAGAAUUUCACAUCUUCCGAUUUGGAUAAUUGUCUGAAAUUCGUGGCUUUGAAUGACGUCAAAGUUUUCUACUCUACCUUUAUACCAAAAUUGUAG